CACUGGCUGAAGCAUGCUUGUAUUGUAGUUGAAGACGACCGAAGAAAACGAGAGUUUCACAGGAAUAAAAGAAGAAAUAGAGUUUAAACCAUCGUCAAAAUGGGAGUUCCAGCAUUCUUUCGCUGGCUAAGCCGGAAGUACCCGUGCGUGAUUAUCGAGUGCAACGAGAACAAGCAGGUGGACCCGGACACCGGCCGCAAUAUUUACGAGGACGCCACCCAGCCGAAUCCGAAUGGGAUAGAGUUCGACAACCUCUACUUGGACAUGAACGGCAUUAUCCAUCCGUGCACGCAUCCAGAGGAUAAGCCCGCGCCGAAGAACGAGGACGAGAUGAUGGUGGCCAUCUUUGACUGCAUCGACCGUCUGUUUGGCAUCGUGCGUCCCCGGAAGGUGCUCUACAUGGCCAUCGAUGGGGUGGCUCCUCGGGCCAAGAUGAACCAGCAGCGGUCGCGUCGCUUCCGGGCGGCCAAGGAGACCACAGAAAAGCGCUUAGAGAUUGAGCGGAUCCGCGAGGAGCUGCUGAGCCGUGGCUGCAAGCUGCCGCCGGAGAAGGAGAAGGGCGAGCACUUCGACUCGAACUGCAUCACGCCAGGCACACCGUUCAUGGACAGGCUGAGCAAGUGCCUGCACUACUACGUCCACGAUCGGCUAAACAACAAUCCAGCCUGGAAGGGUAUCAAAGUGAUCCUGUCGGACGCCAAUGUGCCGGGCGAGGGCGAACACAAGAUCAUGGACUACAUACGCAAGCAGCGCGCCCAGCCGGAUCACGAUCCCAACACACAACACGUCCUUUGUGGAGCUGAUGCUGAUCUUAUCAUGCUGGGGCUGGCCACCCACGAGCCGAACUUCACCAUCAUACGCGAGGAGUUUCUGCCGAAUAAGCCGCGUCCUUGUGACAUCUGCAAUGGGUUUGGCCACGAGAUGGACAAGUGCGUGGGCCUGGGUGCCACUGCCCCGACGGGCGCCAACUUUAAACCCGAUGUUCCGAUUGGGGCGGAGGUUAAGUUCAUUUUUGUGCGGCUGAGCGUGCUACGGGAGUACCUAAAGCAGACGCUCGAGAUGCCCAGUCUUCCUUUCGAGUACAGCUUUGAAAGAGCCCUCGACGACUGGGUGUUUAUGUGCUUCUUCGUGGGUAAUGAUUUUCUACCUCAUCUGCCUAGCCUGGAGAUUCGCGAGGGCGCAGUGGAUCGGCUUGUGGAGCUGUACAAGAAGUGCGUCUACAAGACGAAGGGCUAUCUCACCGACUCGGGAGAUGUCAAUUUGGACAGAGUGCAGUUGAUUAUGACAGAUCUGGGCAAUGCCGAGGACCAGAUCUUCAAGAGCCGUCAGCGUCGCGAACAGCAGUUCAAGGCCAGGGACAAGGCGCGGAAGAGGCAGGACAGGAAUCAGGACCACAGAGCCCUGGAUCAGUCGGCGUUUGGGGCCAGCGCCGUGGGACCAAAUAGCCAGCAAAAAAGCAUUGGCAACUACAAAGAGGAAGCCGCUGCCCUUCGGAAUAGAAAACGAACAAGUGACCAGGCCGAUUUGGAUGACGAGGAGGAGGAGGAGGACAACGACGAGGUGCGGCUGUGGGAGGACGGCUUCAAGGACCGCUACUACGAGUCGAAGUUCGAUGUGGCGCCAGGAAACCAACAGUUCCGCUACGCCGUGGCCUUGCAGUACGUCCGGGGCUUGUGCUGGGUGCUGAAGUACUACUAUCAGGGCUGUGCUUCCUGGAAUUGGUACUUCCCGUACCAUUAUGCCCCAUUCGCAUCAGAUUUCGUUAACAUCCAGGGCCUAUCCACAAUGUUCGAAAAGGGCACAAAGCCAUUUAAUCCUCUGGAGCAAUUGAUGGGCGUCUUUCCGGCAGCCAGUAGCUCCCAUGUACCCGAACCGUGGGCUCUGCUCAUGUCCAGUCCGGAGUCCCCAAUCAUUGACUUUUAUCCGGAGGACUUUAAGAUCGAUCUGAAUGGAAAAAAGUUUGCUUGGCAGGGAGUGGCCUUGCUGCCCUUUGUAGAUGAGAAGCGGCUCUUCAAGGCCUUGGUUCCCUACUAUGAUCAGCUUACGGGAGAGGAGGUGAAGCGCAACAAGCGGGGCGACAAUUACCUGUACGUCAGCAAACAGAGCCCUCACUUCAAGAAGGUCAAUAAAAUAAGCGAGAAAUCUGAUGGCAAUGAGUGCAAAGCCAUCUCCUUUGACGGAAUGCGCGGCACCUUAGGCAAAACGGAACUUAACACUGCCAUCGGCGGCAUUCUGAGGUCUCCGAUCUCAGGGCUGUCGGACAUUAGUGACAACACAACUGUGACGACGACUUUUAAGGAUCCAGAGUACGAUGACGACUACAUUUUCGAAGCGAAGCGACUGGCCGAAGCCGUGGAUCCCCCACAAGUGCUGCCCACCGAGCAGACGGGACAGAAGCAUCGUCCCGUCAUCGGAUUCAACAGCCAUUUGAAUAGGGCCUAUGUUCCGGACAGUGGGCAUCGCAUGUUGAAUGCUGGAAUUAGAAAUAAUCAGGGUGGAGGAGGAGGCUACGGUCAAGGAGGUGGCUAUGGCCAGGGAGGAGGAAAUGGCGGACAGGGCUAUCAGAACAAUAGUCGCAACUAUAACUACAAUUACAAUAAUAACUACAACCAGCACCAGGGUGGUGGUGGUGGCUAUCAGGGCAACUACAAUAACCGACAGCAAUAUGGCCAUAAUCAGAGAUACAACCAGGACAAUUCCAAUCAACAGCGCAACUUUAACAACUACAAUGGCCCAAGAAAUAAUAACUACCAGCAACAGGGCGGCAACCGACAACAGAAUCCGAACUAUAGAAGAUUUUAAGGGUAUCAUACAUGCGAUUUAAAAUGUAGGAGCUCUUUAAAGGGUAAUCCAAGUUUAUAUACAAUAAAAAAAAUAGUUUUUAAGGUUUUCCAGACAAACUGAAGCAAUAACAGUCGAUAAAAAUAUUAAAUUUAGUAGAGACCAUUACAAUUUUGACCACCAAUUAAUAUUUUAUUCAAAACAGUUUACAUCUAGUCUCAGUGCCUCAAUAAAAAAGUCAAAUUACAAUUCUGAUAAAUAUUUACUUCAUGAGAAAAACUAUUCAAAACUGGAAAACACAAAAAUAUAGUAUAUAUUGUUAUUAUAUUCAAUAAUUGCAAUUUAAAUAAUGGAGAUUUAAAGUAAUUUCAACAUAGAGAGAAUAAAAAAUACACAUGAAAAAAUAAA